AUGAGCAAAGUUCACCGGAAGUGCGACCCUCAGGUCCCGAGGAUGGAGGCUGUGGAGGUCGUCGACGAUGUCUUGAACAAUAUGGAGACGUUCGUUUUGACGACUAUUUUCGUCCGUGGUUGGUCGCUCGGUUGGGCCAGGAAUCUGAUCGGAUUCAUCUUAAACAACGUCAGCACGGCCUCCUACGUCCGGCUCAUAGCGGUCCAGGGUGGGCCAGUUUGUGAGGAGGAGGUGGCUUUCACAAAGAUCUUGUUGCUCGAGCUCGGAUUUUCAAUUGUAUUUGAAAAUUCCUGCAGUACAGAGGUUGCUGAGAGAUACACGCUCAGGUGCAAAUUAGACGGGGUUCAGGUCACGACACCUGCGAUGCCGUUCGAAGUUCUCGUCAAACAGUACCACUCGGUGAAUCAGAUCUAUCGUAACUUGCAACAGGAUGUAUCACCGAACUGGAGUUACAGCCGCGUGCCGAAUUUGCAAAGACUUGCUGUUAUAUCUUGCGCAGAGAUGUGGUUCAUUGACGGCCACAGCAAGCGCCUGAACCCGGAGGAGGUCGACGAACACCAUCCCGAUGGCAUGACCGUGAACGACAAGCUGAAUUCGGAAAUCAUGCGGGCGCUGGAGGAUGCAAAGACCCGCGCUGCAAGCAAGGGUUUCAGGCCAAAUGAAAAUUGGAAAAAGUCUGAGGAAGCAAACAAAGUUUACCACGAGUAUUUCGAUUUGCCUUUAAGAACUCUGGCAAGUAUGGGCAUCACACCGACAGGAUGAGGUGCAGAGGACAGCCGGAAGCCAGUUGCAUCACAACGCCGCACACACAUCCGAAAUUCGAUUCGCACAAAGACGGCAUGAUAAAAUAUUGGCCCGCACAAUGAUUGGGCCGUCUUUGCUACAGCGGCCAAUUGCCAUCGGCACCUUGAGACAUGAGUCGUUCCAUUGAUUCCUCUUUCUCAUCUGUGUCCCCCUAUCGUGGCACGGUGGCGGAUGCUCCGUCCCCUCCGCCGUCUAAGUUGCGCGAUUUGAGGUCGAGGAAGAUAUAUGACAGCCAACGGAUAGGUCGUAUCCUCCUCUUCCCCCCGCUUACCCCUCGAUAGGUCGUAUCCUCCUCUUCCCCCCCUUACCCCUCGUCCUCGUCCUGAUCAUCCUCCUCCUCCUUGUCGAGGCAUGCUGCGCCCCUGUACAGGAGGAGCGCGGCGAGAUUUGGGAGCGGGCUUUGAAACUGACGUGCGGCGCGGGUGCGAGGCACCUUUCAGAGUCUACCCGCCCGCGCGCUUGACAGAAGUCCAUAGCAUGCAGGUCCCCUUUAGGAACUCGGACUUCUAUCCAAGCGCUUGCCCUAUCACGUGAUCUUCCUCGUCGCCGUCUUCAUCCCACAGGAGCACGAACGAAGGUUCGCGUGUUGGAACCGACACUGGCCUCCAAGCGCCUAUCCCAUCCGAUCCUCGUCCUCCCCGAUCCUCCUCCCCAUCCCGCUAACGAGCUGCCGCUGGCGACGGCCGACCGGGAGAGCUCAAAGCCGAAGAUGCCGGUUCGGUGGCCCGCGCGUUCUUCGUCGGGGUGACGUCUGGCGUUGCGCCCACCGGAUCCGUGGGUUCUUCGCUGUCGGCGCCGUUGAGGAUCCCGGUCGGCGGUUCCAUGGGCCCCCGUGGCCAUCUUUUUGUUGAGCGUCUCCUCACAGUCCCAGCGGUCUCAGAGCGCUACGUUGGGUAUCUUCAGGGUGGUAUCGCACAGGCGGUUCAUGCACAGGCCCCGAGAUCUGAGAGA